GCACGAUGAUGAAAUGGCUGCGUCAUGGCUGGGACGAGUGAGAAUCUGUAUAUAAGACAAUCUUGCGCCGUAUAUCUUUCCUUACCUAACGACUCACGACUUCACUUUAACAACCACUUGACUUCUCACGAACAAACCAUCAUCAUGGGCUCUGUAUUUUCUGCUAUCGGCCGUGGAAUCAAUGCCAUCAUCAGCGCCAUUGCCGCCGUCCUCGAGACGAUCGUCGGCGCGAUCACCACGGUCAUCGUCACCAUUUUCGAUGUUAUCACGGAUAUCAUAUGCUGCCGAUGCUGUGGAUCUCGUCGCAGCGGAAGGCGAUACGGUCGGAGAAGGCGAGGAGCUGCCACCUACUAAGCUCCCGGAAUCUGGCCAGAAUUGACUUGUCCCUAAUGUAUCCACCGUUGUUGUAAUACCCUAUUGUGCACUUUCUCUCUGCAAUCGCAUUCCGUCGAGUUUAUCAGUG